GGCAGGAAUUUAGUAGUCUGUAUUGAUGGUUCAUCGAACAGGUUUGGACUCAAGAACACCAAUGUCGUCGAACUCUACAGCCAACUCAUUAAAUCUGAAGACCAACUCACGUAUUACAACAGCGGAAUCGGCACCCACGCGCGCCCCUCGUGGCGCUCUCUCACAUAUGUUCAUUAUUGGCUGAGCAACAAGGUCGACUUGCUUAUAGCUUGGAAUCUCGAAACAGUAAUUCUGGCAGCCUAUCGAUGGAUAUCAGAAAACUAUAGGGAAGGUGAUAGAAUCUAUCUUUUCGGGUUUUCCAGAGGCGCUUACCAGGCCCGAGCGAUUGCUGGAAUGAUACACCGCGUCGGCUUGAUCCUCCCCGGCAACAACGAGCAAAUACCAUUCGCCUUCGAGCUAUACUCAAAAAUAGAUGAAAAGGCGUCAAAGACAAAAAAAUCUCGGCGCAAACACGCCUGGGCGAAUGAACUUGCUGAAACGUUCAAAAGCACAUUCUGCAGAUCACACGUCCACAUACAUUUCAUCGGCGUAUGGGAUACCGUUUCUUCGGUUGGCGUUGUAAGGGGAAAGACCCUACCUUCGACCACUAACGGCGACCAUCAUAUGUGCUAUUUUAGACAUGCUCUUGCUUUGGACGAGCGGCGAGUCAAAUUCCUUCCGGAGUAUAUUCACGGUGCAAAUACAGAAGGAUCCCAUUCCGAUCGCAUCAAGGAGGUCUGGUUUGCAGGUAGCCACUCGGACGUUGGUGGAGGCAAUCGACUCAACGAGAAGCUUCAAUCAGGUGACAUUCCAUUGUUAUGGAUGCGAAAGGAGGCCGUCGAAGCAGGCUUGAGGAUGAAGCCCACAGAAGUCGUCUGGAAGAUGGAUGACUUGCAGAAAAGGACGUUCGAAUCACUGAGGAGAAUGUGGUGGUUCCUCGAAUUCGCUCCUGUUAAGCGAGUUAUUUAUGGCGCUCAAGACGAUCACGCGUUCGGGUACGUGCUCCACCGUGGCGCGCCUCGGGUGAUCCUCCCCGGACAGAAGAUUCAUGCUUCUGUCCUG